UUUCUGAAUACCUUGAAAAUGCCAGAUUGGGAUCAUUUCUUUGCAUCACUUCGCAAAUACUUGGACUAUUUUCGAUCUCAUAUUCAACUAAUACCGACAAUAAAUGGUUUUGUAGGUGAUUUACAAUCAAUUUCUGAUGGCGAACUUUCUGGGCUUUUAUCUUGGACUAAAUUGGCUACUGCAAUAUCUCUUAAGGAUCCGGAUUCACGACGCCAAUUUUGUCAAGAUAAGGGAUGGAGCGUCAUUGAAUCUUCUGUUGGUCUUCUCGCCAGCCCUGUGCCUUUAGUGUUCAAGGGAUGCCUUUGCAAUUUUCUUGCUGCCCUUGCAAUUGAUGAAAUGGCUGCUGUAAACAUAUGGAAUUGUUUACUUUGCGAAUUUAUUUGUUCUAAACAAAUUGGUGGAAAAUCUAUUGGAAUUCAACAAGAUUUGGAUUCUCGAGAGGCUCAUCUAAAGAUUUAUGAUUAUUCUCAGGGAUUUUUAACUCUAAUGAAAGAAUUGCUUUCACACAAGGCUCGCCCAAGUACCCAACAAAUUGCUCCAUUUAUUCAUUUUAUUGUCAAUUCAAUUCUUUGUCAAUUCUCUACUCGUUCAUACAGCAACAUAACUCAAAUGUGGAUGUUGGUCAAACUUGCCCUUGACUGCUUGUAUCAGCCGUUAAAGACUUUCUUUGUAACAGCAGUUACUGUUGACAAUAAAGUUUUUGAAGUACAAAUAUUAUGUCAAUUAUUGAGUGAUAGUCCAUUAUCUAGAGCGUUACUUCAAAUAAUUGCUGAAGGAGGUUGUCAACUUCAAGAGAAUAAAUUUUCUCAUUUCCCUGCUAGAGAAGAUGCAACAUGUUCCGCUAUUCGAUUACUUUAUGUUGCCAUAUCAAAUCGUUCAGCAUUAUCUGAUGCUAUUAGAGCUGUAAAUUGUGAUAUUUUAAUUGCUACAAUUGAAUCUAUUUUAUUUUCGCCAUUUCCAUAUUCGCAACAAAAAAUUGACAAUUGUUAUAUGAGUCUACUUUUUAAUUAUAUUAACGAGAUUGAUUCUUUUAUAAGACAUGCUUUUUUUGUUUGGUUAAUAAUUAAAGAAGCAACAGCCCAACGUCCAUCUCUACAAUCACAUAUUGUUCAAUCACUUUUACCUCGACGUCAAAAAUUAAUAAAUUGUGUAGCAACUCUAUCAAUAUUUUCUUUAGAAGAUAUUUUUGUUGGAAUUAAUGAUUUGGCUUUAAUUGAUAUUGAAGGGAUAUCUUAUGGAAGGUUAAAAGGAGAAGUAUGUCGACUAAUGUUAGAAGUAUUCAAUGAUGCUAUGCAAUAUAAUUCUAAUUCUCCAAAUAUUACUUAUGCAUUGAUGAAUUUUGAUUUGAUGAAUAUUUCUGCUACAAUUCUUGAUUUACCAGGGCAAGGAUCCACUUGUUUGCACAAUAUUUUGGACAUAGUCCUACAGCUGAAAACUUCUGAUUCACCUCUUUCGACUCAUUUUUCUGGACUUUAUGAACCUGCUUUGCGUCUUAUUCUUCGUUUAUGUUCUCUUGGAUCAUCUAGCUCUUCAAUUGUUCUCAGAUUUCUCAGAUCUCAUUAUGAUCUCAUUUAUCAAUUGGCUCAAUCGAAAGUUUUCAAAUGUUUGACUUCAACUAAUUCAAAUGAUGCAACCCCAACUGAAAGUUUUGAGAAUGAGUCUUCUUGUUGGAGGAGGGAAAAUGAUGAAUAUGCACUAGCAACAAUACAACGUUCUCUUCAGAGUAUAAUUUUGGAAUUGAUCGCUUUGGAUCUUUCUUCGCUUCUCCGAUCUGGCUUAAUAGAACAUCCACAUAAAUAUUUACGUUUACUCUUUUCUACACCAUCAGAUCAAAAUUCACAAUCAUUACAAUCUUCUAAUCUUUUUUCUUCAAAUAUUGAAGGCCAAAACGUUCUUUUUUGGUCACUUUUGGAAUCAAGUCGUAUAUUUGUUGGUGAUCUUUCUCCUCCAAUUUGUAACAAAUUUGAUCCAAAUAAAAUGGAAGAAUUACUUUCUCUUUGUAUUCGAAAAAAUUCUUGUAAUAUUGAGCAAUUCGAUGUUGUUUAUCUUCAACUUUUGUUAAAUAGUGAAAUUAAUUGUAUAAUGAAUACAGAAAUUGAUGUUAUUAGAGAGGAAGCUCGAUCAAUUUUGCAUUUUUGUGUCAAGAAAAAUGCUUUAAAUCUUUUGGAAGGUUCAUGUACGCAUUUGCUUGAAGGAUGGCUUUCAGUAAUGAAUGUUUUGUCUGUACAUGUUCCUCUACCUUUCAUUAAUAUUUCUACACAUAAACAUAUUCUGGUUGAUGCACUCUUUCUUUUGCGUGAUUAUUGCCGUUUAGUUGAAAUGAGUCCAGAACUAGCCGCUUCUGUUGCAACAUGUUUUUCAAGAAUAGUUUCUUCAGUUUGUAGUAUGUUUGCAAAAUAUGAAGACAUGCAAAAAGCCAAAAGUGCAAUUUUGCCUGUUUUGCAUUUACUUCUUCAAUGUAUUGUUUUAUCUGGUUAUUCUAAAUCAUUUACAUUUAAACGUGAACUUUAUAUUUGCUGUUUGCGUGUUUUAGAUUUAUUUUGCAAUUUUAAAGGAGAAAAAACUCAGAGAUCUGAAAUAUCCAGUGGAACAACCAAUUUACCGUUGAAAAAUGAUGACCUUCUAACUUUGCUUCUUUUUAAUAAACUUGGCCAGGAAGAGAUCGAAGUCACGGGAAACACAAAUGAUCAAACAGUUAAAAUGAUGCAAAAUCAACGAAUAAUUAGUGAUUUAUGGAUGAAAUUAAUUGAACCUUUAAAAUGUGAAAUAAUUCAAACGUUUACUUCUGAUGUUAUUUUUGGACCACUUUCUCUUAAGAUGUUAGCAGCAGCAACUUUUGUUGAUUUAUUACGUGAGGACAGCAAAUUUUGUGGGCGUAUUAUAAAAGAAUUUAUUUUCGAUGGUUCUUUGCAGUGUGUAAAUGAUCUAUCUAAACGAUUUGAAGACAAUUUAAAAAAUCCAGUCAAAGGAUUAGUUGAAGACGAAAAUAACAGGAGACGAAUGCAAUCGCUAAUUAAUGCAAUUCAUUCUUUAAAUAUAAUUUCCGAGUCUGUUCGAAAUACAAAACAAUGUUAUUCAGUUAUGUUAUAA